AUGUCACCCACGUCAACGCUUCUUUUGCUUCUUCUGGUAGCCGCCGGCUUCCAGUCCGUCCAAUCUGCGUCCUGUCCAACAGGAACAAAGUUAUACGGCUCAAAGUCAGUUUCCCGAGUUCCUUCAAGACAUCCAAACCUUUCUUUAGAUGCUAUGCAGCUCUUGGCAUGGAUAUGACUCGAGACAAUGCACUGUCUUACUGCCAGAAAACGUAUGGUUCUUAUGCUCGACUCACUGCGCCUCUCACCUAUGCCGAGAAUUUUUUUGUGACUGAGCAAGUGCAAUGUAGCCCAUUCAAUAUAUGGCUGAGCAAAACUAAAUAUUUCUAGUACACGCAAAUUGGCAUACAUGGCUCGAGUUUGUUGCCGAUGGAACGUACAUUGUUGGAGAUGACGGCCGUCCGCCAACUUACACAAACUUCGCAGUUGGUUAGUCGUCGCUUCACAAGCAAUUUAUUUCUCAAAAAAAAACUACUUUCCAGGAGAACCAUUCAGUGUGGCUCUUGGAUAUUGUAUCACGAUUGGAAUGAAUGGGUUCUGGUACGCUCAGCCUUGUGCUGAUUCCCACAGUGCUCUCUGCGAGUUCGAUCUCUAUCCCGUGACCACUUCCAAACCGAUCCCAGUCACAACUCCAAAGCCUAGUGGUUAUCCGACUUGUGUUCAAAAGUAUUUGAGUGAGUUUUGCUGAAAUUAGCGUCAAUUUGAUGUAUUUCCUUCUCUAUAUUUCAGACUUUGUUCCAUGCCAAUCUGGAUGGGAGUACUACCCGCAAACCUGUGCAUGCUUCCGAGUGAGUAAAAUGAAAUCACUCCUCCAAUCUAAGCCGUAUUUCUAGAUUAUCUCCAACACCACCUAUUAUAAUGCGAUGAACACAUGCAGAAGUCUCGGAGGAACGCUUGCUUCCAUCCACACUUCCGGAGAAGCUGCAUUUGUUGAACGUAAAUCAGUUCUGUACAAGUAACACAUUCAUCUGAUUCUUUUUGCAGGCCUUGGAGUGGAAGCGAACAGCUAUUGGAUCUCUACUGCAUCCGCCAGAGACAAUAUCAUUGUUGGUCUUACUUACAACUCCGAUCGCGGAUAUUUCCAGUGGGAUGAUUCCACUGUUUUCGAUUUUAGUCAAGGAUUUGCCCCAGCUGAGCCAGCAGAUUAUACUAGUCAGGGACAGGUGUGUACUUUAAAAGCCAUCGGAUCAGAAACAGUGGUUUUAGGUCAUUUUGAGCAAUCCAAUGGGAUAUGCGACGUACAUGAGGAUGGGAAAUUGCGCCUUCCAAACGUGUCGAUAUGCUGCUUGUAAACGAUAUGUCUAUUGA